AUGUGCUUCGGCGUGUCUCGCGUCCAGGUCUCGGUGCGUGGCAACCGCCUCACCGCGUUCUUCACCUCGCGGGUGGCCAGCGCCAACGCGAGCACCGCGCUGCGGCUCUGGCGCGGGCCCCGGGCUCUGGAGCUCGACUAUCCCAUUGUGGGGUUGAAGAAAUGGAUAGGAGUGAGCAGCGGCUUUGAAAGUGAUUCGUGGCCAUUGGCACCUCUCGGCAGCGCCAUGGAGACUUGGCAUCUGCCGCUGGAGCUGAAGCUUGGCCUUCAGAAGUUCUUGACUCGAGCCUUGCGCUUUUCGCGCAAAUCAAAGAAGUACUCCCAUGGCGUGGACUCGUGGAAUGCUCGGCAGCAGCCAGACCACGCUUCUCAAGUAGUGGCUGUGAUCCGUGCUGGCCAGGAGUUCAAGGUAUUGGAGAAGCAUGGCGACUGGUUGCACGUGGACCUGGACGGCGUGGAGGGCUGGAUGGACUGCAGGCUGCCAGUGGAAUAUGGCCACCAGCAAGCCCUGGUUCCGAGGAAGCAAUCCAGCUUCUCUUGCCGCUCAUUGCAACGAACUCUUAGCACUCAGGAUCGUGUGCGGGAGCUGCUGGCCCAGUACCGGGAGCAGCGGGCCGCAUACGAGCGCCUGUCUCGGCAGAACUGCGGGCCGGAGCUGAUGCGCGUGGCUGUGGCCUUGGAGCACACUGUCUCGCAUUUAGACGUCUUGGGCAUCUCCCCAGACGAUUUGCACGCGGAGGCAGCGAGAAGCGACGUCGGCGAGCGCUUGGUCGCCGAAUUGUGCCGGACCUCGUCGUAUGAGCACACCGACUUCGCAAACCCUCGUUCUGAGAGCUGUUGGCUGUCCACCUUCUUCCAGAGCCUUUGGCACAGCCGCGUCUUCCACGCCGCCUUCGAAUUCCUCCAAAGCCCGGCGCCGGGAAGCGCCUUGCAAGCGCUGCAGCGCACCUGGCAGAUGUAUCAGGAGGCGGCGGCUUCUGGCGGCCUGGUGCCCGUGAAUGAGCUGGUGAAGGCAUGGGGCAGCGGCUAUGGCGACUGCGCUGAGGCGUUUGCAAAGUUCCACCACGCAGAGGACCUGAAGGCCUUUGCCGACCUCUUCGCCUUCGUCCCAGUGCCUUGGACGGGCGGAGCCCCGGACAUGGCGCAGCUGGAGCAGCUGGUGGAGUCCGUGGGAGUGGCAGAGACGCCGUUGCUGGUGUUGGAUCUCGCGUUUCCACCCCUCACGCCCGCCUCGAUGGAAUCUUUGGCGCUGACGGUGAGACCACGCCGCAUUGGUCAUGACCUGAAAAACUACAGGAUGAUAUCCAUGGGCUGCUACAUGGAGGAAAUAGCACACUACGUGGUAUACUGCCGAAGCCUGUCGAAGCCUGAUGAGUGGAUCUUCUUCAAUGACCUGCCGCGCUUGGCUCGGGGAGCACCGCGGAGGCUGAACGAAUGGGAGGACGUGGCGGCGACUUGCAGCCGGUAUAGCACCUCUCCGAGAAUGCUGCUCUACGAAAAUCCAGAGGCAUCCCUGGCCUUCCUGAAGAAGCGCCUGCCCGCAGCCUGA